UUCAGACGCGCGACGCGUCUCACACAGCACUAAACGCGAGGCGCGCUGCUUCACCACUACCAGAGGACUUGGAUAUUCACCAUCUACCAAACCCCACAUUCAACUAUUGAUUUCCAGCGAAACUUGAGCCGACCGAACAUGCUUUGAAUGCGUAUCAAGUCCGACCACCAGCCAUUGAAUCGGAUCCCCCCGCCAAACCUCGAAAUAUGCUUGCCGUCGAAGCAUCAGUGCCAGUUGCUGGCGUGCCACCAGCCAGCAAGCGGGAUAGACCCCAUGAGGAUCGAUCCAGCAAACCCAAAGCUCGAGCAUCCGGACCCUUUAUCACCGAAGACUCGGAAUCAGACUCAGAGGACGAACCAGUACCCGCAGAACAGGAUGCAACACGCGAAGAACCCUCCCCCAAGAGGCGAAUGCUCGAGAAACCCGAUCAGAACACAAUCUCGCUGGAUCUCGAAACUGAGCGCCGCAAUGCCCAAUCGCCUAUCGACGAUGUAGACUCUCGCGACUCUGGUCCGGCCUGGACGCAAGGGCGCGCACUCUUCACAAAAUCCUUCCUCGACACUCUGGCACCCAGCUCCUAUACCAUCAACACCUGCACGGGCAGGUCGCUACACGUAAAGGAACGCCAGACCUCGGAAGCCCAAUCCUUCGAGCAGAUGGCAGCUGCACGGACAAAGAUAAAAGAAGGUCGUGCGAAAAGGGCAUACUACGGUAUUGAUAUCCACAAUCUCAUGAAGACAGCACAGGCAGAGAUCGACGCCACGCCUGCUGGACAGCCCGCGCCGACGAGAGAGGUUCUCCCAACUGUGGAAGCAGCACCCAGCGGGAAGAAAUCUAGGAAACAUUUGUUGUGGACGGAGAAAUACCGGGCGAAGAAUUUCAUGGACCUUUGCGGCGACGACGGCACAAACAGAAACGUCCUGCGAUGGUUGAAAAGAUGGGACCCCGUGGUCUUCCCUGGCGCGGCCAAGGCCAAACCUGUCACUGCCAAGCGGCCUGGAGCACAGCAGCAGCAACAGCAGGAAGAGGAGAAACCACACAGGAAGAUCCUCAUGCUGACGGGGCCACCCGGGUUAGGAAAGACCACAUUGGCGCACGUGUGCGCAAAGCAAGCUGGAUACGAGGUCCUCGAAGUCAAUGCCAGUGACGACCGUAGUCGCGACGUUGUCAAGAAUCGCAUCAGGACCAGCCUGGGCACAGAGAGCGUCAAGACCGUGACCAAUACGAAAACGGCCGGGGCUGGCCAGAAGCCCGCCAAGCCGGUCUGCGUUAUCGUCGACGAGGUGGACGGCGUGGUCACGGGUUCAGGGGUUUCCGGCGAAGGUGGCUUUGUCAAAGCCUUGAUCGACCUUGUCAUGCUGGAUCAGAAGAAUGCGAAUACCGGCGGCAACUCGUGGGCGUCCCAGGGGCGCAAGAAGAAAAAGGGGGACGACUUUCGACAGAUGCGCCCUCUUGUUCUCAUCUGUAAUGAUGUAUACGCGCCAUCGCUGAGGCCCUUACGACAGUCGAACCUGGCAGAGGUCAUCCACGUCGGACGCCCGUCCCUGGACGCUGUUGUCGGUCGUCUGAGAGCCAUCUUUGACAAAGAGGCCAUUCCUUGUGACAAGGAUGCCUCCCGCAAGCUCUGUGAGGCUGCGUGGGGCAUGGGAACCGGUGCCGAUGCGAAAAAAGGUGCUCAGAGCACCGUCGAGGGAGAUCUUCGCGGUGUCAUGGUCGUUGGCGAAUGGGCUGCGGGACGUUUCCGUGCAGCCAACGCGAGCGGCCAGGACCGUCUGACGCGCCAGUGGAUCGAAAAGCACAUCUUGCCCGACCUCGCCAGCGGUGCGGCGGGAGCACGCGGUCUCGGCCGCGGAAGCUCCAAGGACAUUGUCAGCCGCAUCUUCCAAGAGGGAGGUGGGUUUCCCAAACCUGUAGUGAGGAUGGAGGCAAUCCAGCACAAGCAUGAGCAGCCGACAACGGAAUUGGGAUUCGGCGAGCAGCAGAAGAAGUACUCGAUGGAGCGUCUCCGGGAGAUGGUCGAUACGAGUGGCGAGAUUGGGUACAUACUCGCAGAGAUCUUCGCUGAGUAUCCCAACCGGGAGUUCAACGACGACAGCUACUUAACGAAACCAAAUCAGGCGUACGACUGGCUGCAUUUCCAUGACGCUUGUCAGGGGAGGCUGUAUGCCAGUCAAGAGUGGGAGCUGGCGCCGUACCUGGGGCAGCCGGUGCUGGCAUGCCACCAUUUGUUUGCCUCGCCAAAGAGGCAUAUCGUUGGUCAGGGGUACGACAAGCGCUGGGGCGAGUCGGCGGAGGAGAGCACGGCGCCGCCUGUUCCAUUCUCCGGGCCCAGGGCAGAUUACGAAGCUCACGAAGCAGAGAAGCACAACCGCGCACAACUACAGGCCAUACAGGCCCAGCUCACGCCCACACUGGGCCGUGCAUUUCGCAGCGCUGAAGACGUGGCCACCGAAUUUCUCCCUUACCUCACAAGGAUUGUCUCGCCCGAGGUGAAGCCCGUCGUAGUGGGUGGCAGCACCGGCACGACCGCGACCAUCCGCAAGGAAAGUGAAAAGGCCAUGGUGAAGAGAGCAGCAGAGGUGCUCGCUGAGGUGGGCAUUGCUCUGCACAAGGGCAAGGUUGAGGGUGAAGCGCUCAACAGCCGCACGCCGCAAUAUGUGUAUCGCAUGGAACCUGACCUCGACGCGCUCUCGGCCUUUGACACAGCUUCCAAUCUACUAUCCUCGCAAGCGCCGGUCCGCUUUGCCGUCCGACAAGUGCUGGACCAGGAGUUGCAACGAACACUUGCCCAGCGCGACGCUGCUGCUCGUCAGGCACGCUUCCUGCAAGGCGGAGGGCCCGCUGCCGUGACGCCGAGUCUGCCUAUGCACAACAAGGAGAACAUGGAUCACAUCAUGAGUGAUGCCAAGACGGCGACCAUUGUGAAGAAGGAUUUCUUUGGUCGCGUGAUCGAGGCACGGCCACUGGCCGAGCUGGACAUCAACGCGCAAAAGAGAGCCAGGAAGGAAGAGAGGAAGGUCUGGGUGACGUACCACGAAGGUAUGAACAAUGCAGUGCGGAAACCAAUGUCUCUGCAGGAGUUCCUCCGGGGUCUGUAGGUAGGGACAGAGAGUUAUAUAACGACGUAUCAUGGACUAGGAGCAUUGCAA